AUGUACAACCGUGUUUUCUGCGUCUUUGCGCUUUUGGCUGUCUCAUCUGCAUUUGCGCCACAGCCAUUCGGCAUGAAGAGGACGACUAUCGAUAACCUGCACAUGUUCAACGCUGAGAACGACAAGACGUCCUUGACGACAACCACGCCUCCAUUGAGUGAAACAUCGUCUCCGCAAGACGCCAAUACGGUUCCGACCUCGUUGGAAACAAAGGUUGAUUUACCCAAGAAUAUUGUCAAGGACAUGAACACGGGAGAAAUCAAGGAGGUCAAGUGGGUAGACCCGGCGAUGCGGGCGAACACCAAUCCCUUUGAAAUGAACUGGUGGGGGUACAUUCUUUUUGGCUUCCCACCAAUUCUUUUGUUAAACGAUGCCUUUCAUUUCCUCCCAACUGAAGGGCCCCUGUCAUUUCUAGCCAAGAUGUAG